CUCUGGGAUCCUCUCCAGCCCGGGCUCGCGACCUCGGCCCUCUGGGCCCCCUCCCUCCUGGCACAGCCCCGUCGCCCACUCCCCAAUCCUCUGGACCCGGCGGGCCUCGUGCCACCCCCGGCUACCCUCGGCCUGGGACCCCCGCCCCCCACCUGGGAUCCCGGCCAAGCGGCCCCCGCCCCGCGCGGUCCCGCGCGGACAGGCUCGCGCCGCACAGCGCCCCCUCCGCGCCGGGCCUCUGCGGCUGCGCGCUGGCGGGGCCGAGGCCGAGGGGAGGGGGUCGCGCCGGUGGCCGUCGGAGCUGCUGUGGCGGCGGCGGCAGCGAGAGAACUAGCGGGCCCUGCGGCCGCGGGCAGACCGGAGGAACGUAGGAAGCGUCAUGUCUCGCUAACACGAGGCCCCCCAACACCUCCCUGUUCGUCAGGAACGUCGCGGCACGCCACCAGGCCUGAGGACUUGCGCCGUGAGUUUGGUCGAUAUGGCCCUAUAGUAGACGUUUACAUUCCACUUGACUUCUACACUCGCCGCCCAAGAGGAUUUGCUUAUGUUCAAUUUGAAGAUGUUCGAGAUGCUGAAGAUGCUCUUUAUAACCUCAAUAGAAAGUGGGUAUGUGGCCGUCAAAUUGAAAUACAGUUUGCACAAGGUGAUCGCAAAACACCAGGCCAAAUGAAAUCAAAAGAACGUCAUCCUUGUUCUCCAAGUGAUCAUAGGAGAUCAAGAAGCCCCAGCCAAAGGAGAACUCGAAGUAGAAGUUCUUCAUGGGGAAGAAACAGGAGGCGGUCAGAUAGCCUUAAAGAGUCUCGACACAGGCGAUCUUACAGCCAGUCUAAAUCUCGUUCCAAAUCACUACCGAGGCGGUCUACCUCAGCAAGGCAGUCAAGAACUCCAAGAAGGAAUUCUGGUUCUAGAGGACGGUCAAGGUCCAAGUCCUUACAAAAAAGGUCCAAGUCAAUAGGAAAAUCACAAUCAAGUUCACCUCAAAAGCAGACUAGCUCAGGAACAAAAUCAAGAUCACAUGGAAGACAUUCUGACUCCAUAGCAAGAUCCCCAUGUAAAUCUCCCAAAGGGUAUACCAAUUCUGAAACUAAAGCACAAACAGCAAAACAUUCUCAUUUUCGGUCACAUUCCAGAUCUCGGAGUUAUCGUCAUAAAAACAGUUGGUGAACAGCAAUGGAAGAAUCCUACAUAGUCCUUUAAUAUAAGUUAUUAAACCUCUCAUUAUGUUAAAUAAAAAUUCUUCAAGGCUUACAGAAAAUGUGAGUUGAUAUUAGUUACUCUGGGCAUGUGGAAGAAAUAAAAUCUAGCUUUGGAAUAAUAAAGAUUUGGUCUCACUUUAAGGGCCCACACCAAAAUCAUGCCGUGUCUAAUGUCACCAUUUUAUGGACCAUAUUUUAUUUACAUUGUAGCAGAAGAGUACUUUUCAAAGGUAAUGAGUUAAAAUGGAACCAAUUUAGAAAAUUCCACUUGGAUAUUAAAUAGUAAUAUUAAUAAUACCUUUUACAAAAACAUUUUUUUACUCUAAAGCACUUUUCAUAUAAAAAGUAAUUACGACUAUGUAAUUGCAUAGGGCAGACUUAAACUUUUUGACACCUCUGUCUCUUUUGUCUUGUUUACAUUUAGGUCAAUUCCUGGUAGGUACUAGUUCAAAUUAGAACAGUCUGAAAUCCCCAAAAGCAGAAUUUAUAUAAAGAUCAAGCAUUCAAAAGACCCAUUGUCUUCUCUGAGCUCAGAGUUUUUUUAAAAUUGUUGGAUAGAAUAUUAGAGAUGCCAGGCAUGGUGGCACACGCCUGUAAUCCCAGCUAUUUGGGAGGCUGAGGCAGGAGGAUUGCACACUCAAAGCUAGCCUUGGCAAUUUAACAAGACUCUCUCAAACAUAAUGGCUGGGGAUGUAGGUAGGUAGUAAAGCACCACUGGGUUUGAUCCCCAGUACUGGGAAAAAGAAAAACAGUAUAAAAAAGUUGAUGCGAAAUUAUAUCCUAAACCAUGUUCACCUCAAAUCUUGAGAACAUUUUAGAAAUACUAUAUUUUCAGUUGAGACUAUUACUUUAAAAAUUAUGGUGUGCAACACUCACAAUCCAAAAAUAUUCAUAUUAAGCCUUACGCAUGUGAAGAAUAUUACGUUUUAUAUAAAAUCAUAUUUUUUACCAUUAUUUCUACAUACCUAUUUUCAUCUGCUGCUUAAUUUUUUUUCUUUUUAAAGCUCUAGUUCAAUAUUCUAAAGUAUAUAACUCAUUAUUUUUGAAAGAAUGUUUAAUACCUUGUAUUAAAAAACCCAAAACUACAUCUUCAAAACACAUUACAGUAUUCAAAUUUUACAUUACACUGCUCUUCAUUUUUUUAAGCCAAAUAACUUUGUUGAUAUUGUUUUUAUAGUUGUUAUAACUAAAUUUCUUUUGAACUAUGUUUGUAGUUUGUUUUUCAGAGGGUUUUGGUAGCUUUGUAAUAAAAUGGUUUUGCAUAUGAUUAUUAUUGGGGGUAUAUUUAUAGAGGUCUACUUGUAUACUUAAUUGAAUUAUAUUACUGAAACUUAAAAGUUAUCAACCCAUACAGUUAAUAUUUAUAUCUAGAGUGGUUAAAAAGAAAACCUUAUAUUUUUAGUAUAUAGGAACCAGUCUUUCUUCUAUUUGUUUUGAAUACAAAUUCCAUUCUUUGCAUUUUAGAUUCUAUAUGUAAGAAACAACAAAAUAAUUUGUAUGCUGGUAAUAUUUGGACAAGUACCAUAAAUUCAUGUAUAUUGUACUUUCUGAAUAGAUUUUUCUCUAUUUAAUCAUAUACCAAAAUUUAUUUAUUUCAAAACUACAACUCUGAAGUGUUCAGCUGUAAUAAAAAGUCAUAAAAUUAUGUGACACUAUAGAAAAUUUAAAGGAAAGUCUGAACUUAGUAAAACAAAUAUUAAUAGUAAUUUUAAAUAUUUUCUAAAUGGGUAAAGACAUAUAUAGUCAUUUUAAAUAAUAACUAGGGGGACUGGGGAUGUAGCUCAGUGGUAGAACAUUUGCUCAGUACCUGCAAGGCCUUGGGUUUGAUCCACAGUACUGCAAAAAAUAAAUAGAUAACAACUAGGAAUUGAUUAGACUGUCUUUUACUCUGCCUUCACAAAUCAUUAUCUCUUAGCAAAAAGUUAAUAAAGCAGUAUUCCCUAACAUAUUUAAUUCUUUUGUGUACCUUUGACUUGGUUUUCCAUUGUAAUCCCUAGGCUGGUUAGGAGGAUACCAUGUGGUUUGAUGGGAGCUAAGGAAAGGCCUCCCUGACUACUAUGCCAUGUCUUCUAGGAACAGCAAAGUCUUCUGACAGAUGCUUAACUAAGAUAAUGUUUAGAGGAAAAUAAAAAGAAUUCUAUUCUUUAUUCUAUAAAGAAAUGCCUUCAAUGAAAGUGGUUCCAUGUCUCUGGGUAAAAACUGAUGUUCGGGUUUCUUGGAAAAUCUGGAAAUAUCUUUAUUCUAGCAUUCAUUUUGUCAUGGAAUUGUUUCGUGGGACUUGAGAGAUACUUAGCGUAUGAUUGUCUAUUAAUAAACAACUGUCUUCAUUUUAGACAUCUGUGAUCAGUUCCUUUAGAGAGAAUAUAUUACUUAGGUACUUGCCAAGUUCGUUACAGGGUUACUACCUACUACUGUUUCCUCAGGAUUAUAGAGAAUAAGGUCAAAGAAAAUAAAGAUGGCCACUGUAGCUGUUUGUUUCCUGUCUCCUCAUGAAUAAGGCCCAAAUAAUUUUUGUAAAGCAACUCAUAUUUUGUAGCUGCUACCAUGAUGGGGGAAUUUGCUGAAGUUUUUAUUUGGAGCCUAGGAUUUAAUUUUAUGUCACUGUGUUAUUUUCCAAUGUUAAUUUAUUCCAAGACUUCUUUGUAAUGUUUGCUUGAGAUACAGCUAUCCCAAGGUACAGUGCUGCAUUACAAAUAAGAAUUGCUUUUAUUCUGAUCCCAUUACCAGAAGCAAAAUUGGCCACAGUUUAAAGGAAGACUACUAUUAAUUAAAAUUGCAAUUUCUAGUCAGGUGUGGUAGCACACACCUGUAAUCCCAGGUACUCGGGAAACAGGCAGGAGAAUCACAAGUUCGAGGCCAGCCUCAGCAACUAAGCAAGACCCUAAGUAAUU